AUGGCAAGAUUGGGUACCCUCGGUCUGAACAUGGGCCCAACACUUGCAGUUUUGCUAGACCGGAACAUUUGGCUGUCUCUACUGGACCUUUGUUUGGAUGACUAUUCCAUUCCCUAUGAAGAAUCUUACGGCCAGCUUCUUUCAAGUGUGUUUAGCAGUACGCGCCGACCCCCAGACACCGCAUACACGAACCACCGUUUUGGUGUUGGCCUCACAGAUAUAUACGAUACUUCUCCGCUCCAGCUGGGCGAGAUUGACAAAUUGUGUGGCUCCGACCUGCUGCUUCGUGAUGUUGGAGCGUUGUGUUCUACCGUUGUACAAACGCAGAUGACAAGGCAGCUAUCGCUAGACUUGUCCACGGAAAGAGGAGACCACGGAAACAACUCCAAGUGGUGGGUAUGGCUCGCUUACGCUCUCUUUUCGAACCGAGCUCGAGCGCUCUCGUCUGUGGAGUCGGUGGACUUGAUCAUUUCUAGCAUGACUGUGUCGGACAUGUCAGCGUUUACAUUCAUUCUGGCGUCCGAUCACCCGGAAGAAGACUUGUUUGAUUCGACACCUGGUCCAGCGAAAGCGAGAGAUGCAACACUAAAAGGUGGUUCACGUAUUCGAUGUGUGCUGGGUGAUCUAAGCGAUUCAACCAAUGUUCGAACCAUCACGGUGGACGACCCAGUACCAUUCAUUCGGACCUUUAGCGACGAUGGCAAGAGCACGAGGGUUGACGCUAUCGUUCCUGGAUACGGCCGAUGUCUAGUGCGACGGCGCGACUUGGUGUGCGACGAUGAAAUCAGCAGCAGAGACAACACGGUUGAUAGCGGUGGAGGAGUGACCUCUCUCAGACUCCGAUUCGACAAGAAUCCCCUGUUAGUUACGGACGGUUUGACUCUCUUCUUUGGUGCUAUUGGGUCUUCGCUCAAACGGUUAAUGUUGGAUGCACCGAGAGAUGACUUAUCAUCAAUUAUCAAGUGUUGCGCAAGUCUAGAGGAGUUGUCAUUGUCUGGAGGAGUAGUAGAUGCUCGACUGAAUUUCUGCUGCUUUUACGCGAAUGGAGAACCUUUACCAGAACUGGGAUUCCACUUCGGCUAUUGCGGCGGUUCUUGCAGAUAA